ACAAUUUCCGGCAGACCUAAAAGCGUAGAAGAAGAACAGCAGGAAAAAGAAAUGAACAAUCAUACAAAAAAUGGAAAGUUGUCGUCGCCUAUUUUCAUAUUUUGGAUAAAGAAGUGUUUUCUUUGAACGUUUCUACACCUGCAAAGCCGCAACAUGGCCGAGAUGUCUGCAGCUCUAAAGUGGGAAGAAGUGAGGAGGAUUGACCCGGCCGGCCUCCAUGAACGUGACAAGAAUGAAAUAGACGACUUUCUCAGUCUGCUCACUAUGACAGAAGAGUGGGAGGUGGAGCAUCAAGCUCAGAAGGAUGUUGUCCACAUGCUGCGAGUGUUUCAGGUCCUGCUCAAGAUGAAGCAUCACGAAGCGUCUCUCGCUGAACAAAUAAUAGAAGAACAAGAGAAGAAUGAAAAGAAACUUCUGGCCAAGGUGUCGAGACUGGAGGACGACCUCACGCACACCGGGCCAGACAACCGCUUUCUGCGGAAUGAGAUCCGGCAGCUGGAAAGCCAGUUGGAGCAGAAGGAGAAGGAGUUGACCCACUCCAGAAAAGAUAUGGGAGGAGCAAAGAAAACCAUAGAGGAGCUGCUCCAACGAGCAGAGACGGCUGAGGACGAGGCGAAGACGCUGAAAAGAGAAAUAAGAAAGGUCAAGAAGAAGAACUCGCAGCUCCUGCAGGAUGUGGACUUUUACCACAGAGAGCUGGAACGCAAGGAGUCGGGUCCGUCCAGAGACGAGAACGCCGAGACUCUGAAGAAGCUGAGCUCGGCCAACCGCCAGCUCUCCCAGUGCCUGGACGAGCUGCAGCAAGCGGAGGAAGAAAUCUCCCAGCUGAAGAAAGACAAGCAGCACAUGCAGAAAUGUCUGAUGGAGUCUGCCAAGGAGAUGGAGAAGAUGAGCGACGAGUACGACCAGAUGAAGAUGGCCGUCUAUCAGUGUGACUCCACCACGGACCAGCUCAGGAAAGAGAGGGAUCGUGCCGAGCUGCAGGUCCGAGAGCUCACACAGAAGAUUAACGACAUGACACAAGAGGAUGACCCCAUCAUGGCAGCGGUGGACGCCAAAGUGGACGAAUGGAAGAAAGUGCUGUCUGGAAAGGAUGAGGAGAUUUUGGUGUACCAGCAGAUGAUCCGUGACCUUCAACACAAGUUGCGUCUGGCCCAGUCGGACUUGGACAGAAGCAAAAUGGUUGCGUUGCAGCAGGCCGUGGAGGAUCGAGAUGAUCAGAUCCAGAUCCUGAGAGAGCAGGUGGAGCAGUAUACAGGGGAAAUGGAGAAGCAAACCCUGCUUAUGGAGGGUCUGAAGCUGUCUAAGAAGGAAGGUGGAGCGCAAGUCCGGCAGAAAAAGAUGGAGGAGCUCCUGUCCAAGCUGGAAGCUGCGACGAUGCAAGCAGCAGAAGCAGAGGAGGCUUUAAAAGAAGCUGAAGCUCACGCUGAAGAAAAGGACAAGGAACUCAUAGAGGCGUCACAGCGCUUGAGAGAGUACGAGUCUGGAAUUUACGGCCUGGAAGAAGCAGUUGGUGAGAUUAAGGAGUGUAAAGAUGAAAUCAGAAGGAGAGAGGUGGAUUUAGAGAGCAUGACAAAAGAGAUCAACCAACUGUACAUCACAAUCAACCAGCUUAUGGAGGAGAAUGAGGAUUUCAGAGAAAGACUUGGCUACGGACCCAGAGAGGAAGUGGAUCUGACAGAGUUCAGACGAAGCAAAGGACUCCAACAACGGCAGUACAAAGCAGAAAAUCAAGUUCUGACUAAAGAGAUUGAACGUCUUGAAGAGGAACGAUUGGAGAUGAAGAAACAAGUUAGACUCCUGGCCAAGCACAGAGGACUGCCACAGUCCAUCUUGGUGGAGGAGGAUGUCACGCACGCUAAAAGAGGGCAGCACACUGCUAAACACAGCAGCACUUACAUGGAUGAAGAGCUCCGAGCCAAGAAUGAACACCUCGAAAAAGAAGUGAAGAUGCAAAAGCGGGAGAUGGAACUUCACAAGACGCAGUUUCAGCUCAAAUUGGAACAGUUAUCCAGAGAAAAAGAAGAUGUGGAGGCCGCACUCAAAGACGUCGUCCAGGCCUUGAAGACCAGUCCCUUUGACACGGACACCAUCGUUCCCAGUUUGGACAAGGUGCCUGAUGCACCUGAUGUCAGCAACACCAACAAGCAGUUGACUUCGCACCUCAAAUCUCAAAUCCAUGAGCUGCUUGGGAGAAACGAAGAGCUCAGAUGGGAAUUGAAAUCGAUUCGAGAGGAGGCAACCAGCAGCGUGGGACAACUUGCCAAAGCCAAAGAGAAGACGAGCCACCUGGAAAGUGAAGUGGAACACCUGAGGAAGUCGGGCAGCAGUGGAGUCCCCUUCCGUCCUCUGGCCCUUCCUGAGGGUCUGGACCCCAGCAGCACAGAGGUCAUCAAUUCAUUGAACGAGUACGCCAUUCGACUGCUUCAGGAGCUCCACAACCAGGAGAGCACCAGGGAGAAGUUAAUCAGCACAGUGGAAACAUACAAAGACAAGUUUGCAGUUAUUAGCCACCAGCAAGGGCUUCUCUAUGAAGAACAUCUCAGUGAGAAGGCGCGGUGGCAGAAGGAGAAAGAGAUUCUUACAAGUGUGAGCGGCAAACUUAAAGAGCAACAGCAGGUGGAUGCUGUUCAACUCCAACAUUUCAGCGAACUACUGGACACUCUUCAGAAGGACCCGGAAGAAGUCAAGAGACAGCUCAGUGAAGCCCUGCGCAAGUUGACCGUGUCAAAGGUCAAUGAGAAAAAGCUGACUCGACGCUGCACCACCGUGAUGGAGCAGGAACAGCACCUCCGCAAAGAAGUCAGCAGACUGAGGGAUGAGAGCAGUCAAAUGCAGGCCUCGGUCACCCAGAGGAUAGGCUACCUCCAGAGAUACAAGGAAAUGGCUGCAUACAAAAUAGCCGCCCUGCAGAAGGCCUUGGAUGACAGCGUGCCCUCGUCAGACCUGGAGAAGGCCAACAGACAGUACACGGAGCUCACAGUCAAGUACAGAGACAUGCUACAGAGGGACGGCCUCCUCAUCAAGAGAACCACCAAUCUGGAACAUUUGGAGAGUGAGAACGAGUCUCUGCGAGGACAUAUUGCUGCUAUUAGCAAAGAGCUGGAGAUCGCCAAGGAGAAGCUGCACACAUUGGAGCAAGCAUGGGAGAACACGAGUGGAGAUGCAAGCGAGAGCGUCAUGGAGAAGGCUGAUAAAGCCUUGGUCAACAAUGAGAAGGUCUCAACUGCCAGGCGGAUCACAACCCUGGAGAUGAAGGAGCUGAACGAGAGACAGAGGGCCGAGCACGCUCAUACCAUGUACGAACACAUGAAGAACUCGCUCAAGCAGGCGGAGGAUCGCAACUCGGAACUGGAGGCCAAGUUUGCCGAGCUGACCAAAAUGAAUGUAGAAGCCCAGCGGGUGGAGAGGGAGCUGAGAGAUGAGUUGGGCGAAUGCGUCACAAAAGCAUCAAGCGACGCAGACCGAGCCAGGAUUGCCACGUUUGAGGCCACUGAGGUGGAACUUCGCUUAGAAGUUUCCAAGCUUCGAGAGGUUUCUGACAUUGCCGUGAAACAAGCCUCAGCUUUUCAGGCUAGGCAGCUGUCCAAAGACAAGGAAGUAGAAUCUUUGAGGAGACAAAUCCUAGACUACCAGUCGCAAACAGAUGAGAAGGCCCUCAUUGCAAAGCUCCACCAACACAUUGUGGCUCUGCAACUCAGUGAGUCGGACGCUGUGGCCAAGCUAAAGGCGUCCGCCUCUCACAUGGAGCAGCUUGAUGCCUUCAAGCAGCGCGCCGAACAGCGACUGGACGCCAGCGAGCGCGCUCUGUUCCUCGCUCGACAGGAGGGCAGGAAUCGCUCCAAGCACCUGCGACAGACCGUCCAGUCCCUUCGCAGGCAGUUUGCGGGCGCCCUGCCACUUCAGCAGCAGGAGAAGUUCUCAAUGACCAUGGUAAACCUCCUGGAGGACAAAGCAAAAGCACACGAAGAGAAAAAAAAGGCCAAGGAAGAGCGGCGGAGGGCAGAGGGUCGGGCAGAAGAGCUGGAGCUGAGGCUUGGAGAGUUGGAGGAGCUCAUUUCAACUCUGAAGGAUGUAAAAGGGGCUCAGAAGGUCACCGAGUGGCACAAGAAGAUGGAGGAAGCCCGUCUGCAGGAGCUGAGAAAAAGUAGGGAGGUGGAAGUUCAAAAGGGGGAGAUCAAGUACCUGAAGAACCUGGUGGAAGAGCAGGAGAGAACCAUCCACUCACUCGGGGAAAAUAUUGUGCAGCUUAACAUGAUUCAAGAAGAGCACCAACUUGCGUGGGAUCAGCGAGAGUUGGAACUGGAACAUCAGCUGGACCAGUAUGAGAAGGAAGCUCUCUGUGGCGCUAAAAAGUUGGAAGACGCAGCAGGCUUCCCAGACCCGGGUCUGCCUCCUGCUCAACAACUGGAGUUGGCUUUGAGAAGAACCCGACAGCAGGCUAGCACCAUUUCAGAUGCAAAGGCUGCCUGCAGACAUUUGGAAGAGAAAUUAGAGGAGAAAGAGGCCGCCCUGAGGAAGUCGGAACAGAACGUUGUGUCCAGAGACAAAGUCAUCAACGAGCUUCGUCUUCGUCUCCCGGCUGUCGCUAGUAGGGAACGUCUCCUUGCGGACGCUUCCGAGCAUGACAGGGACUCGGGCAGCCAGGCUGCACGCAAGCUGGCCCAUAAGACGGUCAAAGAUCUCCAAUGUCGACUCGACAAAAAAGAGGAAGUGGUCAAGAAGUACCAGAAGCAGCUGGGCCAAGUUUCAAAGAGUCAAGAAGAGAUGAUUAGGAGGCAUGAUGAGGAGCUGAGAACGCUGUAUCACAAGCUGGACUGGAACAACGACAACACCCUGGACCGCCUCAAGCAGCAAGCAGUGGAGAUGAUGAAGAAGCCCAGUAUCACGAUACCGACGUCCAAACAUUUGGACCGUCUGGCUGAGUUGGAGCAGACGGUAGCAGAACAGGACCUGUCACUCUCGUCCGUCACCAUGAAGCUGAAGCUGGCCACUGCAGAGUUGGAGCGACAGAAGAUCGCCAUGGAAACACAGGCUGGCAAACACUCGGAUGAGAAGUUGAGGCUGAAGGAGUCUCAUGCCAUGGAGGUGGAAGAUCUGACCAUUGAGACUACGGAUCAGAGGGGCCAAAUAAUGGAGAUGAAAUUGGAGAUCAAUUCCCUCCAAAAUGAACUGGAGACCCAAAAGGAGGCCAAUGUUCUGUCGCCCAGCAACACAAUGAAGAACUUGGUGGAACGCCUGAAAUCUCAACUGGUCCAGAAAGAGAAACAAAUCAAGGCUCUCAGUAAGGUUCUGUUAGAACUGCGCACACAGAUGACCUCUGCUGCUGAGCAGCAAGUUCUAGCCGGUGCUGCACAGACCGAGGAGAGGUUCAAUGUGCAGAAGUUGGUGGAGAAGCACACCAAAGACUUGAAGGCUCAGGUGCAGGAACUGAGUGACGAGCUUCAAGAUGCAAAGGAGUCUGCCAGGAGAAGUGAGAAUACAAUAAAAAAGGAGGUGGAGCGCUUAAACCAAGAACUGCACAGGAGCCAGAACAAUCGGAGAAGCCUUCAAGCUCAAAAAGAAGCAAAAGAAGAGGAAAUCCAGGAGCUCCAGAAGCAGGUCAAGAGGCUCAGGAGCUGCAUUCAGAAUCAAGCUGCUCCUGAGGACAAGGUGCCAACCACCGAACAUUUGCAGAAGAAGAUCAGGAAGCUGGAGUCGGAUUUAGAGAAAAGUGCCGACACCAGAAAAGUUGACCGGGCAAAUAACAAGGAGGACAUGUUGCUGUGGGAGGAGGCGAAGAAAUGGCAGUCCAAGCUGGAGAAGGUGAAAAAUAGUCUGAAGGACAAGGAACAGGAAAAUGAAUCCAUGUGUAAACAGCUCAGUACCAUCAAAGACCUCUAUGCCAGGCUGAAGAAAGAAAAGAAUGUACUGCAGAAGAAGACCAGGUCUAAAGGAGUGACCGCUGAUCAGGUGGUGGGCGUGAGACGAGAUGAGCUGGAGAAGGAGGUCACGGAGCUAAAGGCGAAGAACACUGAGCUGGAGACUCAGUUGUUUACCAUAAAGCAGCAACAGGCUCUAACUCGUGACCGUGUGGUGGAGGAUUUGACCCAGAGGAACCACGACCUUGAGGAGAGACUCGGAGCCUUUGAGAACAAGACACCCGACCAGUCGUCUUCGGAUUCCUCACAUGAAAAAGGGAAAAUCCCACAGGCUUUAGACGGCAUUCGCACUGUUACUUUUGAUGUUAAGGAUGGGUCAUCACAUUGUCCUGAUGAACCACAGGACCGCUCAAUGAGCCUUCAAACUCAAAGAGACACCUGUGACCAUCAGAAGGAGUCAAACAAAGAACAGCGGGACUUAGAAUCUCACAGCAACACUGAAGACAACCAUAUUAGCCCUAAGGUGACUACAGCUGUUGAAGAGGACGCAGAUGGGACUGAAAGGCAGCAAAUUGAAGGCAAGUCGGAGGAUGAUGCAGAGGGUUCUGGAACUCCCUCUGCAGGAGUAGGUGAAGCCAAGGAUGAGAGAGAACUGACAUGUCAAGCUAGCGCUAACAAUGAGGACGACUGCGGACAAGGAGCAGAACAGGAUGAAGGGACUGAGCAAGAUGUUGAUCUGAAGGAUGAAGUGACGACCAGCACGGCAGCGACACAUAAUCCAGACCAGUCUUGUUCAGCCAUACCAGAUGUGAACUCUAGCAAGAAAGUGAGCCAAAACCGUGGCAGUGUUCUCAGGAAACAAAAGGAUGAUGGCGUGCAACGACGACAAAGCAGAUUGCAAAGAUAUCCAAAGACAGAGACUCCAUCACAACGACUUCAGGACCUCCAGAAAGAAAACCUCAAGCUGGCCUCUGAGAAUUUGGAGCUCCGCCUCCAACUGGCACAGGCCGACAUUGACCUUCCAAGACUCAAGAGUAAAGUUACAGACCAGGAGGAGAUGCUGAGUGCUAUGAAAAAGGAAAACUCUGAUUUGCAGAAGAAACUUGCCAAUACCAGAUGGUGCGACAGCAAGAAAAGUGUGCCUGAGCUUGAGAAGAGCAUCAUCUUGAUGAAGAAGGCGAUGGAAAGAGUGCAGAAGGAAAACGAGAGGCUAAAGAAAACCUCUCCAGCUCCCCAUGUGGACCAGACCUUGGAGCAAGAACACAAAAGACUUCAGGUGGAACACAACAAACUGAAGAGUCAACAUGAAGCUGAACUGCGCAGGUUUGAGUCCAAAUGUAAAGGACUGGAGAAAAUAGUCCUGGAAAAUGAGCGACUUGGAAAGCAAGUCAAGAAGGAGAUGGAGGUCGCAGAAAAACUAAGACUGGCUAAGACCAGUGCGGAGUUAACGAGUGAGAAACUGGAGGCAGAACUGGAGAAGACCAAGCAAAGACUCCUGGACGCUCUCUCCAGGCCCAUCACGCAGGGUUCUGACAGCAAGGCCAUGAAGUCAUCUGUGGUGACUCGAAUGUUUGAGAACAAGAUGAAGGAGUUGGAGAAGGAGCUGUCUCUAAAAACCUCCAUCAUGACUGAACUCAAGCAGAAGCUCAAGGAGGCAAACAAACGUGAGGAGACUGCUCAGAUUCGCAUCCGGGUACUUGAAGAUCAUCAGUUACCGACUGAGCAAAGACUGGGCAGAGAACAACUUGGUGGCCAGACAUCCACACAUGACGCAGAUUGCAGACAACUAAAAGUUAUUCUAAAGUCAGAGGAGGCGGAGAAGAGCAAACUCCAAGUAGAAGUCCGCAAAUUAAAGGAGGACAUGGACAAAUUUGACCCGGCUUUCUUUGAGGAGAUCGAGGAUUUAAAGUACAAUUACAACAUGGAGCUGAAGAAGAACAUUGUGCUGGAGGAACAGCUGAAGAAGCUUCAAAGAGAGCGCACGAGUUAAGGUCCAAGGUCAUGUAGCACUCUCACACAACUUGAAGGUUCUUUUACCUUGUUUGUCUUCUUCACAUCUGCAUUUCAACUGUUAGGACUUCUUCUUCUUUGGUGUGUUUAGAAUCAUUUUACUAUUUCUUAUCAGUAAGAUUACAACUAUCUUCACAUGUCGUCUCCAUGAGGGCAGCUUCCACUUAGUCACUUAUCUGUAACGUUGUUUUAUGGACCAAGAAGCACUACAUAAACAUCUCUUGGCAGGCAGCAUUCUUCUCUGGAGGACUUCUUCUCUAGCUCAACAACUCACCAAACUUUUAUCGCAAGCCAAACAAUCACUUUGAUUUAGAAUGACAAAUCAUUAAAAAUAAACCAUCUAAACUUUUUGUGACUGGCAAUAUUUCAAUUGUACUUGAUUUUUGGAGCAGGUCUCCACUCCAAAAGUGUAGUCUUCAUGCUACUUUGUGCUAAUGUAUCAUUCAACACGGUGAAUUAAACAAACCACA